AACACAAACAGAAAUAAUCCACCAAAUUCAGACGUAGAAAAACAACUGGGAAAGUCAACUGAAAUAUGUGAGCAUUUUACGGCGUGAAAUAUCACAAAAGAAAACACAGUGACAGCCCCAGCAAGAUGGACAAUGGUACUAAUAUUAUGCAGGAGAAGCUUGCAAAAUGGAAAUCAGAGAGAGCUGAAAAAACUUCAAGAUCUGUCAAAAUGCAACAACCACAAUCUCAAAUAAAUGGUUCAAGUAAAGAACCAUUGAAAGAGAGACAUUCCCAGUCUGUCUCUCAAAUUAUUGGCCCAAGGAGAGAGAAAACUUUUGUGACUCCGAGUGUUAACAGACAGCAAGAUUCAUCCAAUGAAGGUUCUACACUUACUCCUGGAAGAUCCAAGGCUAUUAAAGAUGCCAGGUUGGACUCAGGAUCAUCACGACAGGAGCCAGCUAAAAGAACAACCCCAGAAAUGUCAAUGAGGGAAAAACUGGAACUUUGGAGAUUGAAAAAACAACAGUCCGCAAGUGCAAAGAAAGUGCCCAAGUCCUCAAGUGUGUUGCAAUCUGCAGUGAAAAGAGAUGCUUCUUCCAGCAAGAAAGCGCAUAUCACACCUUCAGCAAAGACUAUACAACCUAGUAGGCAUUGGAACUGCACCAACCUUGCUCUCAGCUCCAGCAAGCCAUCAUUUCCUACACCAAAAAAACACUUGUUCAAAACACCGACGUCGUCUCUCAAAAGCAGAGUUAAUAGAAGAGACACACUUGGAUCCAAGUCACACGAUGGUCAACCAGGACAAGGUCGUGGUUGUGGGUUUGAGAAUGAUGGCACAUCAAUUCCAUCUAGUGUGGCAAACAGGAAGAGGCAUGCUACGUGUGAGUCAAUCGGUACUACAGAAGGAUCUGAGUCUAAGAAUCGGAAGACUGUGAGCUUUAUCAGAACAACACCUCCUUCAAGAUGUAGCCCAAGGUUGCAGAAACCAGGAUCAACCAAGAAAGAUGUAGAACCUCAAGGUGAUGGUUUAUCAACACCCAAACAGCCAUGGCAAGACAGGAGUGUGGAUAUGAGACACAGAUUAGAGAGUUGGUUAGCAGCUAAAGGAAAAACUCCAUCGAGGUACAGCCACGUUCUUAACUUUAAGAAGACACCUGCUGAUGUAAGGAGACGUAAGAUAGCCAAUCAACGAGCAGCUAAAUCAAGCAAGAGAGGUACCCCUUCACUGUGGCAGUUAGAUACUGAACCAUCAGAGUCCAACCAGGAUGAAGUCACAACAGCUUUAAAUGCAACAAUGGAGGAGUGUAUUUUACUUCUACAGUCAGAUUGUCCAACAGAAUAUGUAUCAGAAUGGCUGAAUAGCGUAGUAGACAAGGUCCCAACCAUUCACAGAUGUGCCAAGUACUGGCUGUGCAGAAUCACAAUAGCACAACAAGAAGAGAAAAAUGCAAAUGAGAUCAUCAAUAUUUAUGAGAGGGCGGUGGAGGAAGAGGCACAGCCAAUACAAGACGUGAAGAACUCUCUACAGCAGUAUGUCAUCAAGCUUUUAAAUCCUGUCAUCCCGGCUCAUCAUCAAGACCAGUCUGGUGCCUCUCCAGAACAACCAUUGUUAUCUACUGAUGAAGUAGUGACACCAGAGGCACGCCCUGUUCGAUCGGAGCAACUGCUACAAUCGUCUGUUUUGAAGUACUGCUUGACUGAAUCAACACCUUUGUUUGAUAGAAUCAGGAAGGCUAUUGGAGAACACCUACCAGCCACAACCCCUCGGCUGAAGUUAGUAACACCAGUCCGACGAUCAAUCCGUCUUGAUCAGCGACGCUCUGUCAUACCCUCCAGUCUCUUAGAUCAUGACGUUUGUCUUGCAUCAUUAGAUGAGCUUCAAGAAAGUGGUCAUCAGGAAUUCAUCUUGAGACCUAACUGCGCCCUGGAGGCAGAGUUCUUAGAUGAGGAGAAUGUUUAAGUUCUUCAUCUUCUCAU